CCUGCAGUUCUCCCUUUCUCUCUCUAACAACACCGAAAAUGUGCGGUGGAGCUCUCAUCUCCGACGCCGAUCCGGUCUUCAAUCGUGACCGGAAGCUGACUGCCGAUGAUCUCUGGUCUGAGUUCGACGCCUCUGAUCUCUACGGCUGGGAUUUCAAACCACAAACACUCUGUUACGCCACUGAAGUUGCUACCAAGAACGAAACUAUUUCAGACCGCAAAAAAUUCAUCACCAAAGAGCCAAGAGACGAAAGGACUCGGAAGCCGAGUGAGAACAAGGCAAAACCCAGGAAGAACAAGUACAGAGGGAUCAGGCAGCGGCCAUGGGGAAAAUGGGCAGCCGAGAUCCGGGACCCACAGAAGGGUGUCCGAGUCUGGCUCGGCACAUUCAACACAGCUGAAGAAGCGGCUCGAGCCUAUGAUGAUGCCGCCAAGCGUAUCCGAGGUGAUAAGGCAAAGCUCAACUUUCCCAUGCCACCCGCUAAGAAGCUGUGCGUCGAGCCCCCCACUGAGUCAACUCAGUUGGCCAUGCAUGGACCACCAUCACCACCUGCAUUGCUGGAUUAUAAUCAGUUCCAAAACCAAGUUUACCACCCAAGCAGUGUGGCUGAUGAAUAUGAGUUCAAGGAACAGAUCUCGAACUUGGAGACCUUCUUAGGUCUUGAUCAUGAGUUGACUCAGUUUGGUGGGCUCAGUGAUGAGUCGGCUCAUCUUUGGAUGAUGGAUGACUUCAUUUGAGCUGUAUGCAUACAGUCUGAGUGAGCAACUGAGUCGAGUGAGUUAACCCAGUGAGUACUGUAGUUAGUCAUCUCUAUAUUAAAGCAAGACUUAUGUUGUGUUAAUAAGUUGGUUUGGUAAGGGUGCGAAUUCGACAAUAAGUUGUGUGCUUUUCUGUGGCACGCACCAUGUGUGUUUUUCUGUUUCUUUUUGGUAUGUUUGUUUUAGAGUCGUAUAUAUUUAUAAGAAUGAACUCUGGUAUGCUAUGUACUU